UCGCUAAUUCCGGUUGCGACGCUUUAUCCGUAGAAACGCGCGUUCCGAGCACGCGACGCGUAAAAAGUUUUCGAAACUUCUUGAAAAAUGGCAGGAAAAUUCAAGCCGAAGCUCACGUUCAGGAUGAGGCUCCGCAAUAAGUUGUCCCUUCUUGGUCUGUUCUUGGUGACAGUAAAUGCAGUGUUUUCCGGUGAACCUUCAACCGCAACAAACAUACCCACUAACGGUUACGCACGUAGCUUCGAAGAUGAAGUAUUAUUGGUUAUAGAGGAGCCGGAAUUCACCGAAGUCAUCGAGAAUAUAACUGCAGCUGCGGGCCGAAACGUGAAGUUUGCUUGCUCGGUGAAGAACCUGGGGUCGUACAAGGUCGCUUGGAUGCAUUUCGAGCAAUCAGCAAUAUUGACAGUGCACAAUCAUGUUAUAACAAGGAAUCCCAGAAUAAGUGUGACUCACGACAAGCAUAGGACCUGGUUCCUGCAUAUUAGCAACGUACAGGACGAAGAUAAAGGGAGAUACAUGUGCCAAAUAAAUACUGUCACGGCUAAAACACAGUUCGGAUUCCUGCAUGUUGUCGUACCUCCGAACAUCGAUGACUCCUUGAGCAGCAGCGACGUCAUUAUCAGAGAAGGCUCGAACGAAACAUUGAACUGCAGGGCCACGGGAUCCCCGCAUCCCAGCGUCAAGUGGCGCAGGGACGAUAACUCUAAGAUCACCAUAAACAAGACACUUACCGUUACCGAGUGGGAGGGUGAGAACCUAGAGCUAACGAAGAUAUCCCGUCUGGAUAUGGGAGCUUACCUCUGCAUUGCCAGCAAUGGAGUCCCUCCGGCUGUAAGCAAGCGUAUAAAAGUCAGCGUUGACUUCCCACCGAUGCUGUUGAUCCCGCACCAGCUGGUCGGAGCACCUCUGGCCUACUCCGUGACCUUGGAGUGCUUCACCGAAGCUCAUCCCAGCUCCCUGAACUACUGGACCCGCGAAGAUGGUCAAAUGAUCCACGAGUCCCGCAAGUAUCAUACCGAGAACAUCAUCGGCUCCCCCGCCUACAAGACUCACAUGAGGCUGGUCAUCUCCAACAUCCAGCAGAACGAUUACGGCACCUACAAGUGUGUAGCCAAGAAUCCGAGGGGCGAAACGGACGGCACCAUCCGGCUGUACACUACAGCGCCGCCAACGACCUCUCCAAAGCCGACCACCACGGACCCACCUAGCCGGAACAAGGAUGGCUGGGCCAACGGCGACCUCAACAACUCGGUCUACGGAAAUCAGACUUCCCUCAAUAUGCACCUUGCAGAUAAAGGUUCCAAAUAUCAAUCGAACCUGAAUGAGAUCGACAAAUCCGAACAGAAGUCCAGCUCCGAGAACGACAGCAAAGGAGUCAUCUACGAUUGGCCAGCUUCCGAUGACAGCUCAGCUCAAACCAUCAAGAUCUCAACUCUUUGGGUGCCAAUACUCAUCAUCUUCUUAUACCAACGAUGAAUGACUCGCCAUCAGUAUAAACUUCCUCUCACCUCCUGGUCCAGCAAGGAAGUCUAAGUCAUUCUUUCUUUUUGUAACUUUUCAUUUUCAAAAUUUCGUUCGGAACGAUGCGAGCGCACCCAGUACCCUGUCAGUCAUCCACCACUAGAUCCCAAUGAAUAAUAAAAAAAAGUAACAAAAAAUGCGCUUCAGGAAUACUGACCGGGUACUUGAUCCUCGCGGCGUUCGUCCUUUAAUCAGGACGCUAACAAAGGCAUCAUUGUCUAAGAUAUUUAUAAUAUGUUAUAUUUUCAAUCAAGACUGACUCGGUUUAGCAUAGACCAGUAGGUCCGAACCUCAAGUUCGUGACAGACUGCUGUAGAUCCUUUCGUUUGCAAUAGACCCCCCGCUUCGUGUUAUUAAAAAAAAAGAAGAAGAGAAAAAAAAUGCAAAGAAAAAUCAUUUAUUGGAAAAUAUAUCAAGUGUAUGUAGCUUUAUGUAGCGUCCAAAAAAAAUGUAUAUACAUAUAUAUUGCAUAUGUAUAUAUCUAUAUACAAGUAUGGAGAUUAUAAAAGUGAAACAUAUAUUAAAUAUAACGUUGAUGUACAAUUAAAACCAAAAAAAAACGAC